AUGCCCUCACCUCCGCCUACGGGUCUCAAACACAACCGCCUCAUAGUUGGCAUGACCGGCGCAACAGGCGUCAUCUAUGGCGUUGUAGCCAUGCAGUAUCUGCGCACUCUAGGCAUUGAGACGCACUUAAUCAAGUCAAAAUGGGCACACGCGACAAUCAAAUACGAAACAUCAUACAGCGUCGCAGACGUCGCGGCACUCGCGACGGGCCGAUCCUGGCCCAUCCGCGACAUGGCUGCACCUAUGAGCAGCGGAAGCUGGAAAUCAGAUGGAAUGCUCAUCGCGCCGUGCAGUAUGAAAACAUUAGCUGCCAUACGAGCGGGUUAUUCAGAGGACUUGAUCUCUCGCGCAGCGGAUGUGUGUAUCAAGGAACGCAGACCGUUGGUGUUGGUUGUAAGGGAGACGCCGCUCAGUGCGAUCCAUCUUGAGAAUAUGCUAGCGCUGGCUAAAUUGGGCGUGAUUAUCUUUCCCGCUGUCCCGGCAUUCUAUACUAGGCCGAAGGGACUGGAUGAUAUUGUUAACCAUAGCGUGGCGCGCAUGUUGGAUUGUUUUGGUAUAGAGACAGAUGGUUUGAUGCCUGCGGAGGGCAGGUGGGAGGGUUUCCGUCCUUAG